AAAGACGCAGACGGGCGUAAUGUGUCCAUAACGGAGCCGAAAGAAAAAAGGAAAAAGGCGUUUUGACUUGGUCCGGGCAAUAGAGCAGCGUAGCCCCAAUGCGCGCAGAGAGUGGGCUCUGCGUAAAGAUCCGCAGACUCCAGAGAUAAACUGGAAUUUACUUUGGCAUUAAGUUCCCGGACCUGUAUGAUCGCUCAUGCGUGCAACUGAUUGAGAGUAUUUACUUCGUUCUCUCGCACACGAGCAGGUAAAAGAGCAAAACUAACCUUUUUUUUGCAUCCCGGAGGUUGAACACUAGCAGCCUGUUUUUGAGGAAGACAUGGCCAAGUUAUUCCGAGCUGCUAUUAUGGGUCCUCCAGGAUCAGGGAAAGGAACGAUAUCCAAAAGGAUUGCGCAAAGCUUUGGCCUGCAAUAUCUGUCCAGUGGACACUAUCUACGAGAGAGUAUAGCGGCAAAUACAGAGGCAGGUGUGUUGGUGAAGACCUACGUAGAAAGAGGCAUGUUGGUGCCUGACCAUGUGAUGACCAGACUGAUGCUGCCUAGACUGGAACAACUGAGCGGCUACAGCUGGCUUUUGGAUGGUUUUCCCCGGACACUCGCACAGGCCCUGGCCCUGAACAAUUUGUAUCAGCUCGACUUGGUCAUCAGCCUCAACAUCCCCUACGAGACUUUGAGGGAGAGACUGAGUGACCGAUGGAUCCACCCGCCCAGUGGCAGAGUCUACAACAUGGGCUUCAACCAGCCACGAGUCCAGGGUAAGGAUGACAUCACUGGUGAGCCACUAAUUCAGCAUGACGAUGAUAAGCCAGAAGCCCUGAUGGCCAGACUGAGACACUACAAAGAUGUGGCCAAGCCUGUCAUAGACUUGUACAAGUCACAAGGAAUUCUGCACUCAUUUUCUGGUACAGAAACAGACCGGAUUUGGCCUUAUAUCAACUCUCUUCUCAGCACCAAGAUGCACCCACAGCCAUUAGAUGCCUGCCAAUCCCGGACGCCCUGACACGACUUUGAAUGAACAGACCACAGGGGAACAUCGAGAGGCAGCCAGAGGAAGUGGUGAUGAGUGAUUUUUCUGCAUGCUGGACUUGGUGUCAGCUUUCAGAUUCCUCAUUAACAGUGGGAUUUAGAGAAAUGGACAAGGACACUGAUCAAAACUGUAGUCAUCUCCUUGUUCGUGAUAUCAUCACUUGUUGGUUUUUCAAAUUAAUGGGUUUUUUUACGUUUA